AUGAUACUGAGUCGAUGCCGACCUAUAGCGACCCUAGAGGACAGUAGAACUGCCGCAUAGGGUUUCCAAGGAGCGGCUGGUGGAUUUAAACUGCUGACCUUUUGGUUAGCAGCCUUAUCACUUACCCACUGCACCGUCAGGGCUCCAUUCACAAGCAUAGGGGUUUAGGGAAUAUUUAUUAGGUACUUAUGUUUCAGAGUCCCUCGGUGGCACAAACAGUUAAGCACUCAGCUGCUAGCCAAAAGGAUGGUGGUGUGAACUCACCCAGAGGCUCCUCAAAAGACAGGCCUGGCAGUCUGCUUCCAAAAGGUCGCAGCCUUGAAAACCUUAUGGAGCAGUUCUACCCUGUACACAUGGGGUUGCCAUAAGUAAGAUUUGACUUGAUGGCUACUAAAAAGAACAGCUUAUUUAUCAGGCACAAUUUCAGCACUUUACACGCAUUAUCUCAUUUAAUUCUCACAACUCUAUAAAUUUUGGGUACUGUUAUUCUCAUUUUAUAUAUUAGGGAACAAGCACAGAUGUAGUAAAUAAUUAAUUCAAGGCCAGGGUUUGAAUCUAGGCAGUACUGUUCAGUGCUUUUACUCUAAGCCUCUGUAAAAUGUGAAAGGAACUGCUAUAAAAUAUACUCCAAGCCACUCUUCCUCUGGGUGUUGUUACUUUGGGUUACAGAUAAUGAGCAUUCCUGAUCUCCCUUAUCCUGCCCUACUUUUUCUCUUAUUCAUUCUCUCAUCCAUAUUGUAUCUUACUUUAUGAUUCCCUUAUUAUGUUUAUUUCUGUCUGAACCUGUUAGAAUAUAAACUCCAGAAGUGCAGGGAGCUUUUGUUUUUAACUUUGAUGUAUCCCAAGCUCCUAGAAAAAAUACCUUCCUGUAGCAGCCUGAACUCAAUAAAUAUUUGCUGAAUGAAUAUUGAGUAUGAUUAUACUUGUAUUAUGCUAGUAUAUAUGAAAACUAAAUUCAUUGAAAAUCAAGUUUAACCAUUUGAAAUAAAUUGAAAUAUUGGGUAGUACUAUAUCUUUCACUUCAGUGCUACGGAUAGCUGUUGAGUACAUGCUAUAUGUUGGGCAUUCUUGUGAGGGCCGGGAACACAAAGAUAAGUAUAACAUGGCUAUUGCUCUCCACCCUGGCCAGAUUAUGUUUCUAGGUAACUUAACUUUAACCAUUCUUUGAUUAUGAAAAUUGAGGUUUUUAUUUUUUGUGUCUAUGCAUGUGUGUAUGUAUUUAUUAUCAUGGAUAGACACUUAGACACAUGGAGAAAUUCAGAUGAUUACUUCGAAGUUUUUUAGCACUCUGUUCUUUUAGGUUCUUGCAGUUGUCUGUAUAACUUUCUUAUGCUUUUAAAGUCUAUUUAGAAAAUGAGUGAAAUUGUCUUUAUAGUAACUUCAUAUUUUUGUAAGUUUUAAUUUCUUUUUAGCUGAUAUUUUGCUAAUUAUUGGCAUUUAGGGAGUGAUUACUAUGCUAGGUACUAUAUUGAUCAUUUAAUCCCCACAGUAUUAUGAGGUAAAGUAUUGUUCCCAUUUUUCGGAUUAGGGAAUUAAGGUUAGAUUAUUACUUGCCCAAAGUCAGAGACAGGAUGUGGAGGAGGCAGAAUCAAACUUGCAUUGGUCUGAUUUUAGAGCAUGUCCUUUUAAUUAUUUUUUAAAACAUUGGGAAAGGGGGAGAACGUUCUGUUAAGCAGAGCAAGUAAUACGAAUUGAUAUGACUGUCCUAGCAUAGGUUAAAAAUAAAUUUAAAUAUUUAUCACCUAAAAUAUUGUGAAUUGAUAUUAUUCGUUGUUCACAUGUUUGAGUAAUUACUUUAAGAGAUUUUUAAUAACGUUUAGCUGUGUUAUACAUUGGGCCUUUACUUACUUAUCCAGUAGGAUAUCAUAGGAUUUUUGGGGAGAGUUCUGUAAAACCUUAUGAACACCCAUUUCUUUUGGUCUUACUUGAAUCAUGCUUAAAAAUAAUUUCUAGUGUUUUUUCAGAGUUAAUAGUGGAAAUAAAAAUCAGAGUGAGUAACAUUUAAUUGAAUUUUCCAACUUGUUUGCUCUUUAGAUGGAUUUUGUGUGCUUUUAGGAUUAAUUUUGGGAGGAAGCAUUAACCACAGGUACAAAAUGAGAUUAAAAUAUUUUCUUUUUGUUGCUUUUUAAACCUUGAUACCUGUCACCUGUUGAUCUGAUUUAGUAAUAUUAAACCUGUUGCCAUCAAGUCGAUUCUGACGCGUAUUGACCCUAUCUAUAGGACAGAGUAUAACUGCCUCAUCGGGUUUCCAAGGCUGUAAUCUUUAUGGAAGUAGACUGCCAUAUCUUUCUCCCGUGGACCAGCUAGUGGGUUUGAACUGCUGACCCUCUGUUAGCAGCUGAGCACUUAACCACUGCACCAGUGGGGCUUUGGAAUGUAAUACUAUUUAAAAUUUUGCUUUUAUACUGUAUCAAAUUUCUUUCUCUUUUCCCUUUGGAUAUAUGGUAAGAGUAUAUAUAUGGUGCUGCAAACCUUUGCACUCUGUUUUAGAGACAAAGGGGAAGAAGGAUGAGUUGUUUGUGUGAUUUGUUCACUAUCUUAAAUUUUGUUUUGUUCAUUAUCUUAAGAGUGAACUGACCAGAUUUACUUAUCUCUGUUGAACAGCAUUUAAUAAAUGCUGCUUAUCAAUUCUAUAUUUAACAAGCUUGAGGAAAUAAAUGACAGAAAUUCUAAUGUAGGUAAAAGGACAUUAGGGAGGACACUAUUAUACAUACUAUUUUUUUUAUUAAUGUUUUGAUUAAUGGCUCUAGCAUAACCUUACAGGACCUAAUAAUGAAAUGUCAUUGGUUAAAGACCUCAGCAGUGCUACUGAAAUUUGUGCAUCUCCAUUUAUGAUAAAGAAUAACUAUUUAGUCCUGGAAAUAAAAAGUUUAUGGUAAAGAUUUUUAUAUGGUAAAAAAUAAAUAUUUAAGCCUGGAAAUAAAAAGUAAAAAUUAUUUUUAUCUUUUUAAAUAGGAAAUAGAAAGAGGUAGAAACAUUAAAGCCUUUCCAUCAUAUUACUGUUUCCUUGGCAGUAAAGCUUAUAAUCAUUUUUUAUCUUACAGUGCAAUAUGUUUCUUUUAAUUUUUGUAUAAUUUUCUAAUUUUAUCAUUUGCUAUAAUAAUGCUUCAUGGUAUAACGCCACCAGUGGUGUAGUACAGAAUAAGAUUAAUUUGACUGACCCAGUUAGAUACCGUUGUGAUAUUUAUUAUCUAUAUAGUAUUGACCAAAACCAAAGUAAACUUUCCCUGGUGACUGCACAUACAACUCAUACUUGUUUGAAAUUUAUGUAUAAAUUGCGUAUAUUAUUUUUUCACGAAGUGAUUUUUUAAUUUUCAAAAGCAUAUGUGCUUAUCAGGUCAGAACAGUAGAAAAAGAAUAAAAACAUUAGUAUUUAUAGCACCCAGGAGGUGUAAAUCUUUUGAUUACAGUACAUUUUGUUGUAUUUCAUGCUGUUGUUCUCUACAUAUUUAUGAAAAAAGUAGUACUGUACAGUAUCAUUUUUUCUGUUUUCAUUGACUGUAAUAAGUAUUUUUCAUUGUUAAUGCAGAUUCUUCAGAAAUAAGUUUUAAUGGCUGUGUAAUAUUCAACUAACUGGAUUUAUUUCAGUUGUCAGAACUGAUUUCCCUACUUGUUGGAUAUCUGGAUUGCAUCCAUGUUUUUACUAUGAUAACUUUGAUAAUAUUGUCAUCAUACAUUUUUGUACAUAAUAUUUUAAGAAUUUUGUGGAUUCUAAGAUUUUUAAGCUUAAUUUUUAGUUCUUGUUUUUAAAAAAUAAUGAUUUUUUUAAAACAAUAUUUAACAACUGGUGAACUCAUUAAACAAUGCCCCACCACAUCCCCCACCUGCAGCCAAGUUGUUAAGCCAAUUUUUUUCCUGUUUUUUUGAACAGUAAGUUCUUAGAGUGACUGUACAGUACUUUGAUUUUAAACACUUCACUUUUCUUUUACCUGUUUUUAGAUCUAGGUUAUCAUGUUUUUCUUUUUGGUUCUUAUGAAUGCUUUUACUUCUUUGUCUUCUUGUUUGCUGCCAAUAUUUCAAGUUUCCAGUUUACUUUGAAAUUUUGAUUACUAUUUUAUUUGUUUUCUUUUAUGUGUGGGUCAUAACAAAUUUUGGGUAACAUUGUGAAGAAUGGGAAUUCCGGAACACUUAAUUGUGCUAUGCUGAACCUGUACAUGGAUCAAGAGACAGUCACUUGAACAGUACAAGGGUUUACUGUGUAGAAGCAGCAGACAGGAAAUCAAAUGACAUAUUGCAUUGGGUAAAUCUGCAAAAGACCUCUUUAAAGUUUUAAAAAGCAAAGAUGUUACUUUGAUGACUUAAGUUGACUAUAUCGUGGAGUAUGACUAUGAUGCUGUACAUGAUGAUGAAUUAACUAUUCGAGUUGGAGAAAUCAUCAGGAACGUGAAAAAACUACAGGAGGAAGGAUGGCUAGAAGGAGAACUAAAUGGGAGAAGAGGAAUGUUCCCUGAUAAUUUUGUUAAGGAAAUCAAGAGAGAGACAGAAUCCAAGGAUGAUAAUUUGCCCAUCAAACGGGAAAGGCAUGGGAAUGUAGCAAGUCUUGUACAACGAAUAAGCACCUAUGGACUUCCAGCUGGAGGAAUUCAGCCACAUCCACAAACCAAAAAUAUCAAGAAGAAGACCAAGAAACGUCAGUGUAAAGUUCUCUUUGAGUACACUCCACAAAAUGAGGAUGAACUGGAGCUGAAAGUGGGAGAUAUUAUUGAUAUUAAUGGAGAGGUAGAAGAAGGCUGGUGGAAUGGAACCCUGAACAACAAGUUGGGAUUGUUUCCCUCAAAUUUUGUGAUAGAAUUAGAGGUAACAGAUGAUGGUGAAACUCAUGAAGCCCAGGAGGACUCAGAAACUGUUUUGACUGGGCCUACCUCACCCUUACCCUCUCCGGGGAGUGGGAGCGAAACUGUGCCUGGACCAAUUGCACAGCCAAAGAAAAUUCGAGGAAUUGGAUUUGGAGAUAUUUUUAAAGAAGGCUCUGUGAAACUUAGGACAAGAACAUCCAGUAAUGAAAUAGAAGAGAAAAAAGUAGAAAAGCCCUUACUCAUACAGUCAGUAGGAUCCAAAACUCAGAGUCUGGAGGUAACAAAAACAGACACUGAAGGUAAAAUUAAAGCUAAGGAAUAUUGCAGAACAUUAUUUGGCUAUGAAGGUACUAAUGAAGAUGAACUUAGUUUUAAAGAGGGGGAGAUAAUCCAUUUGAUAAGUAAGGAGACUGGAGAUGCUGGCUGGUGGAAGGGUGAACUUAAUGGUAAAGAAGGAGUAUUUCCAGACAAUUUUGCUGUUCAGAUAAACGAACAAGAUAAGGACUUUCCAAAACCAAAGAAACCACCACCUCCGGCUAAGGGUCCAGCUCCAAAGCCUGACCUGAUAGCUGCAGAGAAGAAGUAUUUUCCUGUAAAGCCUGAAGAAAAAGAUGAAAAAUCAACUCUAGAACAGAAACCUUCUAAACCAGCUGCUCCACAAGUCCCACCCAAGAAGCCUACCCCACCCACCAAAGCCAAUAAUUUAUUGAGAGCUCCUGGAACAGUGUACCCAAAGCGACCUGAAAAACCAGUGCCUCCACCACCUCCUAUAGCCAAGAUUAAUGGGGAAGUUUCUACCAUUUCAUCAAAAUCUGAAGCUGAGCCAGUAUCAAAACCAAAGCUGGAUUCUGAACAGUUACCACUUAGACCAAAAUCAGUAGAACUAGACUCCUCUGUAGUAAGGAGCUCAAAAGAAACAGAUCUUGUAAAUUUUGAUGAUAUAGCGUCCUCAGAAAACUUACUACAUCUCACUGCAAAUAGACCUAAGAUGCCUGGAAGAAGAUUGCCUGGUCGUUUCAACGGUGGACCUUCUCCAACCCAAAGCCCAGAAAAAAUCUUGAAGUUACCAAAAGAGGAAGAAGAUAGUGCCAACCAAAAACCGUCUGAAUUUAAAAAGGAUACAUGCUAUUCUCCAAAGCCAUCUGUGUACCUUUCAACACCUGCAAGUGCUUCGUCUAAACCAAAUAUGGCUGCCUUCCUAAGUCCAGUAGAAAUCAAAGCUAAAGUAGAAACAGUUGAUGGGAAAAAAAAUCCCCUGGAUGAACUUAGAGCACAGGUUGUUGAGUUGCUCAGCAUUGUAGAAGCACUGAAAAAGGAUCAUGGGAAAGAACUAGAAAAACUACGAAAGGAUUUGGAAGAAGAGAAGGCAAUGAGAAGUAAUCUAGAGGUGGAAAUAGAGAAGCUGAAAAAAGCAGUCCUGUCUUCUUGAGGCGGCAUGGACCCAGUGUUCUUAAUGUUCCAGGGAUUUGAAAGCAACACUAUGAACUUCAACUGACUUGUUACUUAAAAAUAACAAAAGUUGGUGUUGUUAUAAAGAAAAAUGAACUAGAAUAUCUAUAGAAAAGUAGGAGAAGGGUAAAUUUUUUAUAUAUAUUUUGUUUUGCCAAUAUGAAAAAAAAAGAGGCCUUAUUUCUUAAUUAUGCUGGAAUUGCAAACUUUUUUUUUUUUAAGGUUUGCUUGAAAAUACUACUGAAUCUGUAUAAAAAGGAAAGAAAGUUCAUAAUAGUUUUUUUAUUGAAACUUGUAGUAUUAUUUUUAAAAAGAUCUAUAAAUAUGGUGAUAUCUUUACAAGUAAUCUGUAAAAUAUACUAUUUGAGAGGGACAGAUUAGCUUUAUAAUAACUAUAGUCACUACUUUUCCCAUAAUACAUAAGGGAUAUAAACUUUGUAUAUAUAUUUUUUUUACUUUUAGCUUUCUUACCCAGGAUUACACUGUUGUGCCUGUUUGUCUGCAGUGCUGUUUAUACUUUGGGUGAUGAAAUAGGAGUUUCCUAGCUAUAAACCAGAUUAGGCACCCAUGCGUAUAGUAAUAACUAAUGAAAUAAAGUAAUUUCUUCAGUUUUUAGAUUAUUUCAUUUUGCUUGCACUAUAGGAUUCAUAAAAGGAAUUUAGUUAAAAUGUAUUGGAUUGUUAAAUAUAUUUGGGAAAAUAUGAGGUUUAUUUCAAAUUCAUUAGAUCUAAGGAGUCUAAAACUGUCAAUUUAAUCCUUCACUUGGUGUGCCUAGGAACUACAGCACAUAUAUGCAAUUACCAGCCUUAUUGCUGUAUUUUUCUGCUUAUUUUACAGGUCCAGAUAUUACUCAUUUCAGGAUUUUGUAAUUUAGUUCUUCAUGCCCGUUUCUCUGAUUUUUAAUAAUGGUGACAUUAGGAAAAUCAAAACUAUAGAACUUUCAGAACUUCAGUAUGAGGUUUCAUAAUUUGACAAAUAAUCAUGAUGUAAACACUCAGGUUUUACAUUGUAUAAUUUACCUAAUAGACCCAGUUAACUACUGGAGAUAUUUUGGACUGUCAUUUAGGUACCAACUUUAUAAAGAGUGUUAGCACAUCAUAAAAUAUAACAUUACAGCUUAUUUAAAACUAGAUAAUAGUCAACCCUAUUCAAAAUGCGUUUUCACAAAAUGGAUGAAUUAGCAGUUUUUUCCUGAGUCAUUUGUGAUCAGUUGAGUCUUUUAAGUGUUCUGUCUAUAGGAAAUAUGUAUAUAAACGUGGGUUUAUAUUAAAACAAAAACUGACAUUUUUUCACUCGCAAAAAUACUAGGUUUUAAGCUUUGUUAUAGCAGAUGACUUUCAAAUUUUGAGUACCAACUAUCAUGCUUCCAUGAUAUGUUGUUUUAAACAACCUAACCCAUAUUUUCCUUUAAAUUUUAAUCUUAACUGAAAUCUUGUGUAAUUGAAAUUUUCUUAUGUUUCAAAUAAAAGAGAGCUGAAGUAGAAAUUAAUAGAAAUGCCAAUAUACAAUAACUUAAUGUCUAAUUGACGACUUACAUCAGUGCUUUUGGGGAAAGCUGAUUGUGCAUUGAGGUGUACAUAUUACCUCUUUACAGUCUUUGAACUCUUCUCCUAAUGAGAGCACUCCUGAACAAAAUUGUUCCCUCCCGUUCUAAUGUAUUAAAAUAACUAAUCAAUUGAAUAAUGUCCUUCUUGGUAAUUCAAUUAUAUUUUUAUUUUCUUUUAAUGACUGUCCUUAGAUAAAAAAUUAGAAUAAUGACCAUGUAUCCUAGAAGUCACCCUCCAGCUUUCUCAAUGGAAAAUCUAUUAACUGGUCCCACACCACCUCAGUAACGGGGUGUGUAAGGUUCUGGCAGAUUUCAGGCAGUUCUUAAAAGUUUUUGUUGGUCAUUUUCUCACUAAAGUGUAAAAUGAAGAGGGUCAUGAGUACUGAAAUACAUUUUAAGUUUUUGCUUGUGUAUUCCUCAAUCAAGAUAGAAAAGUAUUUGAAGUAUUUUUAUUUCUAUUUUUAUGCUUGACCCAACAGUAAAGAAAACCAAACCCAAAGGGAAAAAAUGAUUCCUUUGAUCUAGCAAUUUACUAGUAGUAUUUGCUCUUUAUACGGGAACUUUUAUUAAUUCCCAUUCAUAAAGUUUAUAUCACAAAAUGUAAUAAUAAUAGCCUUUACCUAGGAGUAAAUUAUUAAAUAACCCUUUUUUUUUUAAUGGAGUAUAAAUAACAGACUCUAAAGGUGAACAGUAUGGAAUCUGCAUUGCCAAAUUAUAGGUGAAUGUAAUUGUUUAGGUUUGUUAUUCUCUGAAACAUAUAAUAUCGCUAAUUACCUAAUUGUAUUCCAAUAGUAUGAGUAGUUUUUGUGUGACCAGUAAGCUUCUGUCUAAUUUUAAAGUUGUUACCUCUUUCUAAAAUGUAAGUCUGAACAUGCAAAGAGAGAACGGACCUGGUGUAACAGAGGAUUCUCUUAUUUUAUGCUCUUUACUGUUAUUCCAGGAAAAAAAAAAGCGCUCUUUUGGUAAGCAUUUUAUCCUUGCAUUUAAACUUGAAAUGUAUGAGCAGAAUAAGACAAUCAGUUAAAAUCAGAAAUGAGAAGUAUUGUAAUUUAAUGGCCUUGUUUUGCUGUAGCAAUAAAAUGACCAAGUGCAAUGACUUGAUUUAAUAAAAUUAUCUUUUAAAAGUUGCUGCUAUGAAUACUUUUAGCCAUAAAUUUUUACCCUGACUUGCCUUCAGUAACUAUUAUGUAACGCAGUUGAUGUUAUGGUAUUCUAACAUUCCAAAAUAAGUAUGGAGAAUCUCAGAAUGGUGUAUUUUACUGACUUGUUUACAGGUGCUGUAAAAACGCAUGCUUCUCUCUCAAAAUGAAAAAUUAAUAAUAGUAUUGCCGGUUGUGUCAGUCUUUAUUAUUUUUCAUUAACUUCAGCUUGUGCUUAUCUAAAGCGGAGUAUGAUGCAAAUUAUUUUACAUUACUUUGUUUUCCAAAUUAAAAAAAAAAAACAAUAA